AUGAUGGAUGACGGUUCCUCUGUGUUAUUAAAAAGUGAUAUUACUCCUUCUCCUUGUUCUAUGGAUAAAUUAGAAAUUGCAUCUGCCAAAAGUCCUGAUUCAAUAUCAAGUCAAUGUUCUAAAAUGAGUUCAACUACCAAUCAAAGUAAUGCUAAUACUAACAGCAACAACAACAAUAACAACAGUAGCGAUGUCUUUCGGACUGAUAAAUUAGCUACUGAGGAACGACCGGUGGAAGUAAAUACUGAAGACAUGGAACCGGCUUUACGACGUAGUAAACGUGGUAAAGGAAGACCUAGCAAUGUUCAUAAUAACAACAACAGUAACAAUAAUAACAAUGAUGGAUCAUCAGACGAUCAUGUCCCUUCUUGUAUUGUCUCUGGCGUUGAAUAUCGUACAGGUGAUUUUGUCUACUAUGAAGAACCUGAUUUUGAAUAUUUUACAAUUGGUUUAAUUGAAGAAAUUAAAGUCUCUCGACGUGAUAAAUUCUCAGUAUUUAUUAAGUGUUUCUAUCGUACACGUGAUAUACCGGAGAUAUCAAAACAAGCUCUUCCUGAUCGUGAUAAUUAUCCAGCGAAUUCAAAUGUAAAAUUUAUUAGAGAUAUAUUUGCUCGUGAACUGUUUGUUUCUGAAGUACAAGAAACUCUGCCAGCUAAACAACUACGUGGCGUGUGUAAAGUGAAUUAUUUGCCCGACUUAAAAACAGCCCUGACAACAUUUUCACCAGAUGAAGAUGAUAGCUUUUUCUAUGUUUUUGCUUACAAUCCCGAGACGCGUCGUUUAUCCAAAAUUCGUGCAGAAAUACGCGUUGGUCAAGCCUAUCAAGCCGCCUUACCAGAAUUUCGUCAUCAUCCACCUGCCGCCUAUCGCUUUAACAAUAGAAAUCAUUGUGUGAAUCAUUCACGUAAGCGUAAACGUUGUACGCAUAAAUCAGCAGAUCAAGAUACACAUUCACUCCCGCAACAUUAUGAUCAUCAUCAUCAUCAUCAUCCUCGUAAGCAUAGACGUACCAGUAAUGCUUCACCGCAUCAAUUGACUACAGUUAACACAUUGCAUAAUCAUGAAUUACAGCCGUCAAAUAAUGAUGUUUCUUCAGAUGCUCUCGAUGACGGUGGUACUCGUGGUGGUGAUGGUGGCGAUAUUUGUGGUACAGCUUCAAAGAUGUCCGAUGGUGAUGAUGAUGAUCAUGAUAAUGCUGAUGCUGAUGACAACAAACCGUUAAUCAAUAAACCAAAAAUGGAUAUUCCAAAAUCUCCUAAAAAAUUAGACACCUUCAACAACGACGACAAUGAUGAUCAUGUUGACGAUCAUCAUAAUGAUGAUGAAGACAUGCCAUGUAAAACAGAAGCGACUGUCAACGCAUCUGUAGACUUGUCAGAAAGCAUUAAAAAUGUACAAAAGAUUGAGUCUUCUUCAAUUAGUGAACCAUUAGCAGCGUCAAAUUUACCACCAAAAUUAGAGAAUGCAAAUCAUUUUGAUGAUGAUCAUAUGUCGGUCGAUCCGAUGAAUACGGACGACUUGGAUCAUCCUCCUCAUCCUCAGCCUCCUAAUCAUCACCACUAUCACAAUCAUCAUCGGCACCAUCAAUGUCAUCCUGCUUGUAAUCAUAAAAAUCAUGUCUAUCCUGGAAGUCAAUCUCAUCAUCGAAAGCGAAGAAGAGGAGGAGGAGGACAUCGGAGAUGUCGCCGUCGAAAAUCACAAAAAAGGGAGGUGCUUGUUUGGAGUCCGUGUGGUUUAUCCUCUGCUCUGUCGGGUUCUUGUAAAGACUUCAAUUCAAUCAUCGCUAGCACUACUGUGAAUGAUCAUCAGAACAAUCCACAUACUGUUGAUAAUGAUGAUAACAAUAAUAAUAACAAUAAUGCAAAUACUGUGCUAAAUAGUAUCAGUUCAGAUUUCAAUUCUAUGCUAUCAGAUGAACCGUUGAAAAACUACUUAGAUGCUGUGCGAUCAAUGGUAGCAUUUUUUGGUUUCGGUGGUGCUGAAGAUGAUUUAUCCUCGGCUGAAAAUGGUCUGGUUCUUGCUAAUCUUGCCGCGACUACUCAACACGCCUAUGAUACUCUGCAUAAAUGUAAAUAUUCAUUAAGAAAUGCUCUACAGGCGAUAUCGUGUAAUCCUAUUGUGGCUAAGGAUACGCCAAGGCAUUGGACAGCUGAACAAGUCCGACUGUUUGCACAUGCACUACGUAUCCAUGGAAAAGAUUUUUUUACAAUACAAAGAAAUUUCUUCGGUGGAAAGACAUCAACUAAUAACAACAAUAAUAAUAACAAUAACUCUAACACCAACAAUAUCAAUAAUAACAAUAGUGCAACUAAUGCCAAUGGGGGCACUGGUCGUAUACGUGGUCGUGGUCGUCGUAAACUUGUUCCUGCUAGUAGUAAUAAUGGUACUGCAUCAGCCUCAAAACUAUCCAGUAUGAAAUCAGACGAGAGUGAAGGUUGUAAUUCAACGACAGCCACAGUGACGUCGGCAUCAACCGGUGGUAAAUUAGAAGAGGUUAAGUCUGAGGAUGCUGUAGGUGUUUCAAAUACUGAAUCAUUAAACGAUAAUGGGGAAUCAGCAGAGAACAAUGCUACAACACGUCUCAAUGAUGGUAACGGCAAUACACCAUCAGGUUUGCUUGCUGCUACUACUACAAGUGAACCAGUGAAGACUGUCAAAGAGCUAAUAGCCUUCUACUAUUAUUGGAAAAGAAAAGGAACCUCAUCCUCAUCACUUGGCGGAGGACAUGGUGGAUUGAGUGCAGCUGCUGCCAAUUUCGCCACUGCUGUCGUUGCAGCUGCACUGAAUACUGAUAACACUCUACCAUCAUCAAGUGUCAACAAUAGUGGUGUUAAUGGUGGUGUUGCCAGCGCUGCAGUUGCAGCCUCUGAAGCAGGCAAUAAUUCCAAUGGAAAUAUAUUCUCUUCUUCUCAAACACACUUCAAUGCAUCAUCUGUUAAGAAACGCAAAGCUACAAAUCGUGGAUGUGUCCUCACUAAACAAGCUUGGCUUGGUAUCAUUGAAUAUCGUAAAGCGGCGGAAUAUGAAUUGCGCAGAUUAUUAACAUUGAAAGCGGAGAAAGGUGUUGGUGCUGAUGGUGGAGGAGGAGGUCAACAGCAAACAACUGUGAAUUAUCAAAGUUUAACACAACAAACCGGUGAUGAUAAAUCAGAAUCUGUGGGACCUAGUCAACCGGAAUCAGAAGUUGAAGAGAAUUUUGAGACAACGAAUGCUGGUACUGAUGACGCUGUUGACGUUCCAGUAAAUUCUGGUGAGAAAAAUGAAGACGGUACAACGAUUUCAACAACAACAACGACAACAGUGGAUGGGAAUACUGAUUCUGCGUCAACUAGUCGACUUCGUAAACGUUUGUGUCGGAAUUGUAGUGCAGAGUUGUUGUCGUCAGAAGAUAGUCCUCCACCACCUUUGUUAGGACAAUUACGAUUUCUUUGUCCUGGUUGUCGUAUCCACUUACAAAAAUAUGGUGAAUUAAAGUGUACAGUUGAAGAACAAGAAGAAAAUAUCAUUGAUGAUGCUGUAUCUGAAGUUACUCAUCCAAUAACUAACGGUGAGUAG